AUGUCGUCCAUGGGCGACCCGGAAAGUCCAUUGGAAGAAGUAUCAGGGGCGUUAUAUGGAAAAGGAGUUCAAUUCAUGAUGACGCACGACAUGGAACUUCAACUUCCUGAAAUGCUGUUCGACAGCGCCACACUAAAAGUGUCUCCUCGGGGAUUUGAAGGCUCCGGGGCAAUUGUCAAGUUGGAACUCAUGCCUAUGGAGAGGUCCCUAGCAAACACUAACGGCGAGGGAAGAAUUUUUAUUUUCAAGAAAAUAAAACAAUUCUUGAAAAACAAACUGAUGAUGGCAUUCAUAGCAGCUGUUUUGAUCAUCAACUUGAUAAAAUUCAAAGUACUGUUCUUGCUUCCUAUGAUGAUGGGUGUUGGACCGGCCAAAAAAGUCAUGAUGAAGAUUUUGCUGUUCUUGUUUCCUGCGCUGUCUCACAUAUUCAAGUUGUGCCAUUAUUAUCAUUCGAAUUACCACAGCACCAAGUUCGUCCACCACCAACAUCACAUCAAACAUUUGCAUCACACGGUACCGCACAUAUCGUACGAUUCUCCUCACUCGCCUGUGGAACUCGACCAUCCACCGGUUGAGCUCGAUCAUCCACCGCAUCACCCGCACGUGCCUUACGAGCUUCAACUGGCCGCCCACGACUCCGGGCACAAACCGCACGAGUUGCCAGUUCAGCCAGCGCCAUAUGAACCCUCGCACACCGAGUACGAUUACCCGGGCCCGGCCUUUGGGGCUCCAUCAUUUGCAUUCGACACACACAGAAAUUCUUACGUACAUCAGCCUAAGCCAGAGGACAUAAAUGAAAUUAAUGAAUGGGGUCUUGGCGUUACAGGAAAUUCUGGAUAUUCCUACCCAACGAAUCCGUAUAUUGCGCAUCAUCCCAGACCGGGAAGCAACAAAACAGGAAACAAACGAUUGCAAGCGCAGGCGAGCAACGUCGUCGGCCAGUAUGGCCCAGUAGUCGUGCCUCCAUCAAAAAACAAACAUUUGCAUCAAGCUGCAUUGAUACGAGCGGCACAAAUUAAGGAAGCUCAAAAGUUGCAGGCGGAGCAACUGCGUUUGCAAAAUGAACAAAAGCUACUCGCACAACAGCACCUGCUAAACCAACAAAUUGCACAGACUACGGACCUAACGCAAUACGACGCCUUCUACUCGCCCAUACUGACCAAGAUUGACGCCGUGUUAGAGAAGCUGGGUCACAGGGACGCAGGCUGCAAGGAACGAAUUUUGUGUGCCAUGUACAAGAAUCCAAUGAAAUAUAGCCCGCACAGUAAUCUAGUUUCAGCAGAACUCAGUCGGUAA